GCUCCGGCUACCCCCGACGGGGAUGGGGCGGCUGCUUCCGCCGCCCGAGCCCGUCCAGCGCCGCGGCGGGCGAGGAGCAGCAGCGAGCCCGGCUCGGCCCGGAGCGUGCGGAGCAGGUGCGGGAGGCUCUCAGGUCGGCACCAUGACGGAAGGUUUCGACUGCGACAACUGCAAGGAGUCCCUGUAUGGGCGGAAGUACAUCCAGAUGGACAUGGGUCCCUACUGCAUCCCCUGCUACGAUGCCCACUUCGCGAACACCUGCGAGGAAUGCAAGGAGCUGAUUGGCCACGACUGCAGGGAGCUGUACUACGAGGAUCGCCAUUACCACGAGCACUGCUUCCGGUGCUUCCGCUGCGACCGCUCUCUGGCCGACGAGCCUUUCACCUGCCAGGACGAGGAGCUGCUGUGCAACGACUGCUACUGCAGCGAGUUCUCCUCCAAGUGCGUCGCAUGUGAGAAGACAGUCAUGCCAGGAUCCCGGAAACUGGAAUACAGUGGACAAACCUGGCAUGAGCAUUGCUUCAUCUGCAGCAGCUGUCAGCAGCCCAUCGGGUCGCGGUCCUUUAUCCCAGACAAGAAGGAUUAUUAUUGCGUCCCCUGUUAUGAGAGCAAGUUUGCUCCCCGCUGCACUCGUUGCAAAAAGUCGCUGACCAAGGGAGGAGUGACUUACCGUGACGAGCCCUGGCACAAGGAGUGCUUUGUCUGCACUGGUUGCAAGGUUCCCCUGGCAGGCCAGCAGUUCACCUCCCAGGAGGACAACCCCUACUGUGUCAAGUGCUUUGGGAACCUCUAUGCCAAGAAGUGCAGCGCCUGCGCAAAGCCCAUCACAGGCUUCGGAGGGGGUAAAUACAUCUCCUUUGAGGAUCGUCACUGGCACCACAACUGCUUCAACUGUGCCCGCUGCACCAGCUCGCUGGUGGGGAAAGGCUUCAUCCCACGCCACGACGAGAUCCUCUGCCGCGACUGCAGCAGCAACCUAUAAGCCUGGCCCGAGGACGUGGAUCAGGGGCUUUAUCUGCUCUUCAGGGGCUUCGUGCCAGAGACCCUGGGCAGGUGGGAGAUGUGCCUUUUGUGCCCUGGAGAGGGCUGAGCCCCUCACCACCGUGUAUGCUCAGGGUGCCUGUGCCCUUCCCCUGAAAGCUAGAACAAGCCACCCUGGGCUUUCUGCAGAGUGAAGCUAAAUAAACGCCAAACAAAAGGA